GGCUCCGCCUCCUUCGCCUCUCAUAAGUGGCUGACAAGCCCAGCGGUGAUCAUAUGACCGAGCGAAGCCGGUGAGGCAAGAUGGCUGCGUCCGAAGGACCCUUUUUUUGGCUUGGCAAUGAAACUUUGAAAGUGCCAGCUGCACUUUUUGCCCAGAACAGAACUCGUCUGUGCGAUCGGCUGAGGGCAAAGAGCAACGUGCCACGGAAGUCCAUUGUCCUCCUCCAGGGUGGAGAGCAGACCAACAGAUACUGCACUGAUACCGGGGUUCUUUUUCGCCAGGAAUCGUACUUUCAUUGGACCUUCGGAGUGACUGAGGCGGACUGCUACGGAGCAGUUGAGGUUGACACUGGAGAUUCCAUUCUCUUUAUCCCGAGGCUCCCGGAAAGCUAUGCAGUUUGGAUGGGGAAGAUUCACCCUCCGGAAUUCUUCAAGAAGAAGUAUGCAGUUUCUGAGGUCCGUUACACCGAUGAGAUAGCCACUGUCUUGGCGUCAAAGAACCCUUCUGUUCUUCUCACCCUGAGAGGAGUGAACACCGACAGUGGGAGUGUGACCAGGGAAGCUUCCUUUGAAGGAAUUAGCCAAUUUACAGUAAACAACAUGAUCCUGCACCCAGAGAUUGCCGAAUGCCGCGUGAUUAAGACAGACAUGGAGUUGGAAAUCCUCCGCUACACCAAUAAAAUUUCCAGUGAAGCUCAUAAAGAGGUAAUGAGAGCUGUAAACGCGGGAAUGAAGGAAUACGAACUGGAGAGCCUUUUUCAGCACUACUGCUACACUCGUGGGGGCAUGCGGCACACUUCCUACACGUGCAUCUGUGGCAGUGGAAAUAAUAGCUCCGUUCUGCACUAUGGCCAUGCUGGAGCACCAAAUGAUAAAACAGUUGAAGAUGGAGAUUUGUGCUUAUUUGACAUGGGAGGUGAAUACCAUUGUUAUGGCUCGGAUAUCACCUGUACCUUUCCAGCCAACGGAAAGUUCACUCCGGACCAGAAGGCCAUCUAUGAAGCCGUGCUGAAGUCAUGCCAAGCUGUAAUGCGGGCAGUCAAGCCAGGGGUCUCCUGGCCUGACAUGCACCGUCUGGCUGACCGAGUCCACCUGGAGGAGCUCAAAAAAAUUGGCAUCCUCCAGGGCAGCGUGGAUGACAUGGUGAAGGUUCACCUGGGAGCAGUGUUCAUGCCACACGGGCUGGGCCACUUCCUCGGCAUCGACGUGCAUGAUGUUGGAGGCUACCCAGAGGGCGUGGAACGCAUUGACCUGCCGGGCCUCCGGAGUCUGCGAACCGCCCGUGUUCUGGAGCAGGGCAUGGUGCUGACAGUUGAGCCCGGCAUCUACUUCAUUGACCACCUCUUGGAUCAGGCCGUUGCCGACCCAGUUCAGGCUUGCUUCAUCAACAACAGCAUCCUUCCUCGCUUCCGAGGCUUCGGCGGGGUACGAAUUGAGGAAGACAUUGUCGUGACAGCCACCGGGAUGGAACUGCUGACCUGCGUCCCCCGCACUGUGGAAGACAUCGAAGCCUUCAUGGCCAAAGCUCAAAGUGGCACCAAAUCCUUUGCUUCCAGCUCUAACUAAAAGUAAUGGCAGGCUUCCUCAGAACUGGGAUGCAUUUAGUUCUGCAAGUAGCCCACUGGGCUUAAAGCAGUGGUAUUUCCUAAGACAGGGACCUUUGGAGGUUUCAGAUGCUCAGUAAUAAUAACCAAGUGCCAUAUAAUAACCAAGUGCCAAGGACCUCAGCCUAACUAAAUGUUUUUUUUAAUCAUACAUGUAGCCUUUGUAUGGGGAGGAGGUCCCCCAAUUUUUUAACAACUGCAAGCAUCAACAAUAUUCACCUUUCUUAACUUUGGGAUGGAUCAUUAUGCCAGACAUUAUUAAGCUGAACAAAUCAAUAAAAGCUUU